GACCACGGGUGCCGUACGCUUAUACGUUGUCGAAAAACAAGAGCAACUCAGACUUGCCAAGAAGUAGCCUCUUGCCGCGGCUCUCGAAUCGGAUGUUUCGCUUCUUCAAAAUGCGACUGGUCAUUAUUGCCGCCAUUCUAGCUGGAACUUACGGUAAGCCGAUUUGGUAUUUCUGCUUUAGGAAACUACAAUGAUUGUAACAAAAACCAAAAACUUUCCAAAGAUUUUACAACGAUCUAAGCGUGUUACAAAACAGCCUCUUGCCCGGAAUUUUCGCUUCUUCAAAAUGCGACUGGACUUUUUUUUACCGCCAUUCUCACUAAAACUGUAUGCAACUUACGGUAAACCGAUUUGGUAUUUCUGCUUUAAGAAAACUUCAACUGUAAAAAAACCGACAACUUUCAAAAGAUUUUAAAAGAUCUAAGCGUGUUACUAUGGUAUACUAGUUGACUUUUGACAGUAUCUCGCCGAGGCAUUACUUGCUGUCGUUACUUAGCUAAUCUGGCUAAUCUGAGCUGAAGAUUCCGUGAUAGAAUGGAAAGGUUGUGUAUGCUAAUACCAGUUCUAAAUCUCGUUUAAUUUAAAUAACCUUUAUGCUAUUUUCUUAUUAAUCUCUGCCCUUUAAUCAGGCGUUAAGUCUUACCGAAUUAUAGAAAGGAAACGAAGCCGAGACAGGAAAAGACUGCUUUCAAAACGGCACGAGGACCACCAUGCUUUCACGAAAAUGAAUAGUGAUAUCCGGUAUGUGGGUUCGAAGAGUGUGUUUUGCCUACAUUUUACCGGUUUAAAGGGCGUGCGAUCCCUUAAGAUUCUUGCAUCCAAAUUGGCGUGAUGUUCAAGUCGACAAACAAGCCAGAACUUAGAAUCAAAGUCAGCUAUAAACGUUCUUUUUUAAAAGUAAAUAAAUAAGUAAUUCGAAGGCGUAAAAACCAAUCAAGUGCAAUAUUAAAGAGCUAUGAAACUAGCAAUAUAUAUUUUCUUUAAAACAGCAAAAGAUGUCUUCCUUUUCCUAAUUGUAUUUUCUGAAAAUAAAAGUCUGUCCACCUCUGUUUUUCUUGACUUUCAACUGAGGAGUGUUUUCAGUGAUUUUCAGAAGCAACAGAUCAAACGGCCAAUUUCAAAACGCGGAGUAUAUCGAGCAGAGCAGAUAAAUGCAUGCAAAAUAUAUUGUUCAGAAUGAACUAAAGUUGUGUAAUCGCAGCUGAGCAUUUAACUUUUACAUUAAGACCAUUUACUUUUCCACCGCAAAAGCGAAAUAUUGCCAGAUGAAUUAUAAGAUGUGGGCUAAAAUUAUCUUUUAUUAUGAAAGGAAUUUGAAUCCCUUUUAAGAGAUAUUUGACCAGCAAUAUACCAAAAGCAAAGAUAUAAACUAAAAAUUCCAAGUAGUAUUGGCUUCUUGGGUUUCUUGAGCAAAAUAUAGCUCUCCACUCGAUAUUGAAGAAGAUAUUAAACGAAUUGAAACCUAGUUAAUUGAUAAGAAUAACUUAAAAACUUUUUGUAACAGUUUCGGAAUGCUGUAAUUGUAAGAGAACUACAGAGAAGAUAGACUGUUUAGAAACAGAGCCUUGUCGACAUCAAAAAUGAAAACUCGCAAAACUUGAAGUACAAAGUUUGACUUGUUACAUAUACUGUGAAAUGCGGUGAUUUCUAACUUCUGUAAAGAAAGUCAAGAGAGUGAUCUACAUGAAAACUUCUUUUCCUGUCCCCUUUAGGGCAAAUUCCUGAUAAUGGCGGCUUGGGACGAUCUGAACAUUUCAGUCCGGUUUCUGGCUAGUUAUGCCGGUUUGUUUAACCACAAAACUAUACGACAUUUCCUUAGCCUGGUGUUCAGUGUGCAAUGUUGUACUCAUAUGUUAUGAACUUCGCAAAAAGGAAACAAAAUCACCGGUUAACUGUUUUAAAGUUAUAUGUAAAAAGUACCGAUUACUCGAAUAAUCGCUUAUUUAAAGUGCACUAAGUAAUCGCUUAAGUUAAUUUUACUUUCGCGUUUUGGUCUCCAGUCCUACCCUUACAAAUAUUUGCUCUCUUUCGAUAAUUACAUAUAAAGCUGGAAAAUUUGUUUUGUUAAUUCAAACUCGAGAAGCGGAGAACAUUUGGUUGUUUAGCCAUCGUUCAUUUGUUUUAAACUGAUAUAACUUAUUUCACACAGCCUACUACAAAACCCAAGACAAAACUGAAUAGGUUUGACAGUCUCUCGAACCUUUCAGACACGCUUUUGAAUGGACAGGUCAUUUCAAUCGAAACGAGGCCACUCAAAAACUCAAUGUUUGCAAACAAAAAAGCCAUUACACCCUCUUCAGUUCUUAGUUUUCAAAAGUAUUUUUCUCUCAGUAAAGUUAAGUGAAGGGACGUGAAGCAUUGACGAAAACAAAUUAAAUAUUUUAGCCUUUGAUAUUUUUAAGCUUUUAGUUACUUCGAUGACAGUCCGCUCAAUUGUGACGACAAAAAAUAGGUUUUACUUUUGAUUCUGUGCGAACUGAACGACGAACUGAACGAAGAUCUAUACUGUUUAAUACAACAGUUGAAUUCCUUUCUGGAGAACCUUUGCUUUCGAUUCAGUACAAAAAAAGCAAAUCUGUUUUUUUUUUGUCAUUUUGACUAAGAGCGCCUUUGCGAAAUUGCAAACGUAAAAUAUCUGCUCUUCUAUUGAGAGUUUUCCAAGUAGAAGUAGAGACACAUUGUCUGCUAAUCUUGAUAGACAUAUCUUACGCCUUAAGAAACUAAAACAUCGGUUCUGUAAAAGGGGAAGUACUUAUAAUUCAAUUAUUACUUUUCUUCGCGCUGCCGAGCUUUCCAUUGAAAACGUUAUAUUACUUUGAAUUUCGUCUGAGUGAAGUAUACUUUUAAUACAAAACAUAAAGGAAAUUGAAGAUCAUCGCAAUAUAGGGAAGAUGCCAUAAUGAGCCUAAGAAAUAUGAAAUAUUACUCAACGGUGCUGAUAUGAGUUAGCAAAAAUAAUAUCCCUCACCGCAAAAUACGUAACAAAGCUUUAGCCUUUAAUAGCGGGUUACACAACAAUAGUCUAAAGUGGUACAUUGUCCAAAAAUCGCCCGCACUGAAACUGUUUUGAGCAUUUCCUUGAGAAGCAGAAUGGAUGAUAAUCAACAACUAUUUAUUCGUUCAAAAACACCCAAGACCAUACAUGUACGAUUUAUCUGUUCUGGUGGUAUGGCGACUAAAAUAAGGUCUGUUAUUGUGGCCGUCCUUUUGUGGCCGGCCUAAUUUGAGUAAGCUAGGAAGUUUAAUAACAGUAUCGGGCCUAAAAUUUGCGACUACGAUGACAAAACACAGCGAGUUCUUAGUUUUUUCAACACAACAGACAACCUGGAUGUGAAUAAGCACAAUUCCACAGGAUCUUUUACUAAAGGAAGGCUAAAACAAAUUGAUCGACAUUUUUAUCCCUUUAUCUGAAAAUUUCGAAGCACUCCCGAAUUUGUAAAUUCCUUUUGACGUUUUGAGAUUCCUUGCUGACAAUAAUUUUUGAGGAAAACUCUACACUCUCAAUGCAUCUUGUCAACAGAAAAGCUUAAGAGACCAAAAACUGACAAAGUUGUGAGCGACGUAUGUCUCUAUCGACUGUUGGCUCUGAUUCAGCGAAGUUUUAAUUAAAAAAUAUGACAUGUAAUUUAUUGACUAUGGCAGGUUAAGUGGUUGACCAUUUGUGGAAGUCGGGAAGCAGAGGUUUAGUCCGCGGAAAAAGGUUGUAGUAGCUAAGACGUGGCUUGGUUAGUAAACAGGAAACGGGCGUAUAAUUGUAACCAAAACAGUUGCAGUUUAUGUCUUAAUAUGGUAAGGUCUGAACUCAACUUGCCGUAUUGAGAUAUAAAAGAUUGAAUUGAAACAAGCAAAAAUUGUGUACAGUAUAUUAUGUUUGUAUUUUUAUACGCUCAAUCUACAAGAAAUUACGUCGAAAGUUCAUAUUGGUCAUAUCAUGGCAGUGGCAAACACUAGCUUGAAAAAGUUAAAAUAUCUGUGAGAGCAAAAUAGCCGGCAACUUGUUGCUAAAUCACUGUGUGAAAAUCAAAUGAGUAGUCUAAAUUUAAAAUAGGGAACAUUUAUCUCAAAGUUUUUCCCUUUUCCCAAAUAGUCUGAAGACACAACAUCGUCGGGGAGAUAAAAAUCUUUCGUCAAAAUAUAACUCAAAAGUUAAAACACUUUACCGUAAAAGAAUUAGGAAAACAACAACUCUGCAUUUUGGUACUACAACGUGAAAUUUGCGGAUUUAGGUUUCUGGGAAACUGCCCACCUACCCCUCCCCUAGGCCAUCAUUUUGACCUAAGUGAGAAAUAAUUGUUAAUGUUAGCAGAGGGGAGGAGUAGGUGGGUAGUUUCCUAGAAACCUAAAUUGAUCAAAAUUUGCUUCGGUCACGUUUAGAGGACGAAGCCUAUUUUUAGAAUUCAGCCCUUCAUAAUUCAACACCAAGAAAUUUCGGCUACGUACGACGAAAUGAGCGCGAAUUUGGAAUAAGAGCGUUUAAAAGAUCGGGAACGCCGUUGUCGUCCAUGUUUCUAUAGGCCGGACUUCAUGAAAGUAGGACGGCGACAGCGACGACAACGGGAACGGGAACGGCAACAGCACGCGCAGCACGCGCAGCACGCUUUUUUGUAAAUUUCGUCGCUCUCCUUGCACAACUACGACGUAAAAUGACUAAAUUCUAGGUUGACUUGAGAACGGGAAUGGCAAGGCGAUAAAUUUUACUACAUUUGUCUGAGAUCGGACGCGGUCACCUCUCUUCAGCUAGCUCCAACCUAAAUUUCCUUCUUUUAAGUGGGACGUGCAGCAAGGAGACCCAAGGUGUGACCUCCUUUAAUUAAAUGACGUUCUUUCAAGCAGACAUUAACCAUUCAGAAGUCGAGGACAGUUUCCAGCUGGCUUCUGAUUGGAUUAAAUCUGUAGGAAAGAAUAUGAAUAAACCAAAAGCGGACACACUUGGGCUCCUUGCUAUAAGACUUGAAAUAAAGUUGCGAAAGUGUCUGAAAGUACGCGAACUCUAUUUUCAGCUACGAUUUCAUUGGCGUCACCCUCGUGGGACCGUAAGGUCCCUAAUCUAUCAAUGUACAAGGUCCGAAGACUCAAUACUAAGGGGUAUAACUGACUGACAUGCACAUUUAGGAAAAAACACAAGAUAAUUACGAACAAACAGCACCAUGUGAAAGUACUGCUAAUAAAGUUAUAUUCAACAUGAGGUAUUUGUCCAUAGAUUGAAGAGUUAUAUCUGUAUUGUGGGUCUCUAUAAUUGACUUUAGAACAAAAAAUAAACAGAAACGAACACACCGUUACGUCACUUCAGUCGUUAGAGCGGAUAUCUUAAAUACCAGUCGCUAAACGAUCUUUGUUCUGAAAUUUUUUACCUAGAUAAUGCACCCCUAAUAAAUUAGGAAUUUAUCAACAGCAUGUCAGCACCACUAAGUAUUUCGAGUUAUCUUUUGAUCGAAAAAAGUUGAACAGUAUCUGAAGAAUUAACGCAGUUGGCCAAUAUUUCAUCCAUACUAAGGCUUUUAUCCAUUAAGGAUAGGCAGACUUACAUAUUAAGAACAGGAAAAAAGAUUUCGCUUCCAAACUAUUAAUAGCAUCUUAUAUAGUUUUGUCGCUUUUCUCGCUGAACUUCCUUUUUGAUGUCUUGGCACCCAACGUGAUCACUUGUUACAGUUAUAUUCUCAAGCUGUGAGGUUUCUAAUGAGCGGGAAACUUAUUGUUGUUAAUUUCCGCCCUUGAGAGAUCUUGUAAUUAUUGUUGUAAUUAAUGAUUAUCUUAAAUUGUUAGAAUUUCCGCUCUGAAAGUGCAGUCCGCCACCAACUGGGAAAGAGCCAAGAAUAGUGAAAAUGCACACUUGUGCAGCUCGCGCGUCUUCUAACCAAUCAGAAAGCAGAUGGCUCGUUUCAUCCAAUCACGUAGCGAUAUUUUGCGAUCUCUUCCGGAGCCUUAUUGAUGCUCGUUUGGUGAUUUGGUUUAGAUUGUACUACAGGAAAGAGCUCUAUUAAAAUUUCACUUAGUCUUUCUGAGAAAUAUUAAGACUUGAAAAGUUCGUUGAAGUUUAAACUGGUAGAAAUUUCGUUCGCAAAAGUAGGCAAUAAGAUAUUACUACUUAAUAUGCUGUACAAGGUUGUUUUAACUAUCUAUUUUAUAGAUGAAAUCAUACAGUGUGACCAUUCAAAUGAAAGCUACUGAGCAGUACUUUCCCGUGGUACUGUUUAUUAUGCUCUACAAGGUGGUUCUAACUUUUGAGUCUGUGGAUGAAAUCCUGUAGUGUAACCAUUCAAAUAAAAGCUACUGAGCUGUAAGUUACUGUAGUGCUGUUUAUGACGCUACACAAGCUGGUUCUUGCGUUGGAGUCUAAGGAUGAAAUCCCCACGCUGUGACUUUUCAUAUGAAAACGAUUUAAACACACAUUUUAGGCUCCUGCCGAUAAUUCUCAUGUGCAAAGCAGUUAGCUGUUUCUCAGCCAGUGGCCAAUACCCUAUGAAUUUUACACAAUAAUUUUUCUAUUCCAUAUUGACCUUCGUCCUUAUCGCACAUUUGCAGACAAAGUAAAUCUCAGCAUCUUUCUUCAAUCAGUGAUACAUCGCCCAAUACGAUUACGCUUUUUUUAACCAUUGAACUUGAAAGUGAUGUCCCCUAUUGGCCGCGGAUGAUUUUGUGAUGUUGGCUUCCGAAAGCAAAAGAGGCAAACGCAUGCAUAUUGUAAUUUGUUUAUCUUUAGUAAAAAAAUGAAGAAGGUUUCAAAGAAUUACAAUAGCAAAAAGCAGUUACUUUAACUGUCUCCGCUUCAAAUGGCCUUCUCUGCAGGUAGCCCAUGCUCGGUAUUAGAACGCCAAAGAGCACAAUACCGCAUGCUCGGGUAACGUUGCAUAAAGUGCGGAUAAUUAGAUUUGUGUGGGAAAAUUUACUGUAUGAUUCUCAGAACCUCUUUGGUUCAUUGCUGUUUUCCCAAACAGCGAGCGACAAAACGUGUAGAAUAGCCAAAGAAAACCCGCGCUAAAGUAAGUUAAGCUUAUGCAAGUUCCAUAUCGAUGCCUAUAUUUCAGCCUUUUUGAGAACAAUAGUGAACUUUCAUACAACCUUAUAAAUUGUACGUAUGCUACUUUUUCGACUUCUCUUCACCCUAUCCCUCACUAGAGAGCUUUUUCAAAGAUUAUUCAGCAACGAACGUAUCGAUGACCCAACCACAAGAGACUUAAAAAAAGUCUAAGUAUUGUUUUACUAAGAGCUCAAAUCCCGAGGUUGGGUUGCCUGUGACUUCUUCAUUCGUUUGUUAGUGCGCGCAAAACAUUUCCUGUCAUAUUGAGCCGAUGAGCUGACGAAAGCAAUAAGAAAUCGUCCCUGCAAUGCCUGCAUAAAGCUUCCAAGGUUAUCAAAUAUUAAUAUUGAUAGAAUCCAUUUUUAGAGUUAUCUUCAACUUGCCGCGUGUUGGUAAUACAAAUUGGAUAAGUUUAACGUUGUCUCACCUUAAGAAGCUGCCAAGUCAGUAACAAUUCAAGAGGAGGGGAAAAUGUCUAUAAAAACCAACAAGACCACUGCUAAAGGAGUUUUUUCCAUUAGUCUCACGCUAAAAACUAAAUUGUUGCCUUUCCUGCGUUGUACAAGGCAGUUCAAAAACUGUUCAAAGUUAAGAGUAUGUCGAUGAAAUCCUAUAGUUGGACCAUUCAAAUGGGGGUUAUAUACUAAGUAGUAUUUUCCUUUUGUACUGUUUCUUAGGCUGUUUAAAGUGAGGUGGUUCUACUUUAUUAUUUUUUGGAUGAAAUCCUAAAGUGUGACUCUUAGGUGAACGCUACCAAGUAUUAUUUUCCUGUGGUACUUUUUCUUAUCCUGUACAAGGUGGUUCUAACUUUUGAGUCUGUGGAUGAAAUCCUGCAGUGUGACCAUUCAAAUGAAAGCUACUAAGCAGUGCUUUCCUGUGGUACUGUUUCUUAUGCUGUACAAGGUGGUUCUAACUUUUGAGUCUGUGGACGAAAUACUAAAUUGUGAUCAUUUAAACGAAAGCUACUGAGGAGUACUUUCCUGUGGUACCACACAUUAACGUGAUUCGUUGUUUAACAAGAUGGUUUUAAAUGUGAGUUUGAGAUUGAAAGUACGGGAAUUCAAUCACAGAGGCAUGGCUGGUAAACCUUUAUUCAGUUUGGUGUUGUAUUGUAAUUUAUCUGUGGUGAUAAAUUAGGUUUGGGGUGCGGCUGUUUUUGUUUAGAGUUUAAACAAUUUAAUCACUACUUUUCUAGGUUUGGACGACUCUUUUACCAUCACCACCGAUGAGGACGAGCCUGUCACGUUCGACUUUUUAAAAUACUACAAAGCUUCAGACAAGCUCGCUCAUAAGGUUAUAAUUGAUGAACAACCUAAACAUGGAGCAUUUGCCUGCGCGCCAGAUGGGAACCUUAACAUUCAAAACGAAAUGUGUGAUGCCCAAGCGACGUACGUACCAAAUCAGGAUUUCUCGGGUGAGGACGUUUUCAUGUAUUCGUACCUCUACGAAAACCUUACGACAACAACCGAUGGUAAGCUCCAAGGUCGGAUCGUGGUCCGACCGAAGCCUGAUGUCAUUAUGGCGCAUUCCGAUGAAAUCACCAUGUCAGCUGAUGAUGGUCACGUGCAUAUCCCAGUGUUGAAGAAUGAUUACAGUAAAGAUAGGUCAGCGGUUUGUAUAGACACAGAGGAGAAGCCCUUCUCUGAGGGAAAUCAGGUAAUUAUUGAUUUUUAUUGAUUUUGUUGCACAUUUAGUGGUGCUAUCCUUUUUCUUUGUAGUAUAUCCAGCAAAGUUUAGGUCAGAAAACAUUUCCAAUGAUAUAACUGCUUUCAUAUAUUCCCUGUGAUGUUGUCGGCAGAAUUGGGGGUUAACUUAGGAAUAACUCCGGUCUACAUGGGAUAUUUUGGUGAUACUUCAGCUUAACUUAAAGUCUUUGAAAUACUCUCUGUCAGCAUCCAGGAGGACACUAAACACUUAAUAACUGUUCCCGAGGGAAACAGUUAACUUUGUUUAACGAGAAUCUCAAUGUUUCCCGAGGCGGAGCCGAGGGAAACAAAAUUAACUGUUUCCCGAGGGACCAGUGAUUUGUUAUGUAGCUGGAAAUUUCAUUGAACCUCGCUGUAACGGCGGUUGUCGGUCAACAUUCACGUGUCACAGUGCACUGUUACCCUCUGACGUCAUAGAUUUUGCAAUGUUGCCCGCUCAGAGAUUUUGGUGGGAAACAGUUUCAUUGUUAGAUGUCAUGUGACCUGGAAUUAACCAAUGAGAGCGAGCGCUGUUGGGAAAAAAAUUUCAGCUAUUUAACAAAAGUAUAUAUUGAGUGAAAAACACGUCCAACGUAAUGGGGACCCCUGUUAGUGUUCUCUCUCUAGUAAUAGAGACCUUUAGAUUCUAAGACAAGGAAAACUACGAGGACGAGAUAUUCUCAAUACUAAGUAGUGCACACGGGUGAACCAGCGUCAUUUUGGCGGGAAAACGUGAUAGCCGUCGUCACUCUACAAUGGGUUUCAGCGAGAAUGUGGUAGUAGUGGGAACAAGUUAUUAAAUGUUAGAGGUUUUAUCAUUUUGUGCUCGGGAGAGGGCGUAACCUCCUUCAUGACAAAUAACCUUGCUAACUUUCCUAGUGAAAAAACGUACUAGGAAGCUUUCAGGGAUGACAAUUCUUUGAGAAUACUCAAAAAAAUAUAUAAAUAAACAAUUAAAGUGAAAUCUCGUUCUGGAAUCGCUAAAGGUCUUUGACGAGCCAAAAAGGGGCCCAUUCAUGUACAACCUUUUUUUUUUUUCGACCUCAUGUAUUUUAAGCAGGACAUUUACAUAAGCCACUGUUUACUUUUACCAUAUUACAGGUGAGGUUUGAAGACAUAGCUGAAAAGCUUGGCAUGACAGCGAUCCAACAGAAACCACCUAAGGCUCCAGAAUGCCUGUUUGAUCAGUAUGAUCCAAACCUGAAAAUCUGGAUUCCCGGAUCAUUCUGUAUUGUGGAGCUCAGCUCGGGCGCGGCAGCAACCGCUGACUACGACGGUGACGGGCUCACAGAUAUUUACUACGCUCGUGCAGAUGGCCCUGAUCAGCUAUGGCGUAACCUUGGUAACGGGACUUUCAAAGACUUCACCGCCGAGGCAAAUUUGAGCUCUACCGCUUUUCACCGCUCAUCAGCAGUUGCGUGGGUAGACAUCGACAACGACGGUGAUUUGGACUUGUAUAUAGGUACUAUGGCCGAGAGCAGAUUUUAUCUGUACGUAAACGAUGGCAUGGGCCAUUAUACAGAGGAAGCCGAAGAGAGGGGCCUUGCACUACAUCCUACGAUAGCACCCUAUAAAACAAGUACCAUGACCAUUGCCGUUGGGGACUAUGACAAAGACGGAUGGCUGGAUCUUUACACCACCGAAUGGUUACCUCAUCUUGAUCUCAGCUUCGACUACAACAACGCCUCGCACUCACUUUCCCGCCUUCUUAGAAACCUGGGCGCGCAAGGAAAGCCGGGACACUUCGAAGAUGUAACUGCACGCGCUGGACUGGGGAAGACCAAGGAACCAACCGUGGCGGCGGACAAGUUUGGUGGAGUUGAUGUGAGGUAUUAUGGUGUAAUGAACACAGGCUUGCUCAAGGAUAUCAUUCCAGGACCCUUUAAGUUGGCUGCCAUGUUCACUGAUUUGGACAACGAUGGUAAGCGAUUCGGGGAGUCUUUAACUUUUAGAGUCAAUUGUACGGAUAUAUAAAAUGGAACCAUUAUUUAAUACCCGUUCCCUCGCCCCCGCCCCUCGGUUGAGGACUAACGGAGUUCUUCAGGGUUAGGUGAUAGAAAUUGAGAAUUUCUUUAGGGGGAAGAGUGAAAAAAAUGGAAAUUCUUUAGAGGUGAAGCUUUAAUUUACAGGAAAUUUUUCCGGGGUAGACCCAUAUUCUUCAGGUGGUAGACCUAUAUUCUUCUGGGAUAGACGCAUAUUUGAUGGAAGUCUUCAGGGGUGAAUGCAAUUUUAUUUAAUCCUCAGGGGUAAGAAGAAAAGGCAAGUUCUCAAUGAGAGGACAGAGGCGGAUCCAGGAUUUUUUUUAGGAGGGGGUGCACUCGUCUCUUGCUCUACUUCAACACCAAUAAACCACAGUUUUGUUUUUUGCAGAAUACCAGUUGUAUUAGAAAACCGCAGGUCAUCGCAGGGAAGGGGGGGGGGGGUGCGCACCCCCUGCACCCUCCCCCUAGAUCCGCCCCUGGAGGAUACGGAUAUUAAAUGCUAUAGCCCUUUAGGGCAGAGCUUCUGAAUGGCGCUUGAUUUGUUUUCACUAAUUGCAAAGUUAAAAUUUAGUCACCAUAAAAUAUUCUUGGCACUCUAUGCAUGGCUACGAAAUUGUUGUUUGUCAACGUCCUGACCUAAUUGAUUCCUUUUACGUGUUUUCGUUAAAUCGUUUUUAUUCCUUUCGACUUCGGUUUAUCAAAUUGGUCUCAAAAGCCAACUUAUCGAUUCUAACGGCAGGGAAAAACAAUAACGCAAAAGUGCCGUUGAUAAUCUGUGUAAAGACUUUCCGUUUCAACCCUCCUAAGUGCUGAACAGUUUGACUGGAUGGGUGGGGUGCGGGAGAAACUACCAUGUGAAAGAGCAGAGGAUGCUAGUGGGAAAAUUGAAGUUAAACACCACUGCCGGAGAACAAUCGGUACUCAGCUCAAGCUUUUUUUUUACCCCUAAAAGAUAUUAUUUAUUGUCUCAACAGGUUACCAAGACAUAAUAGUUGCAGGAGACUUCAGAACAAGCGCUAUUUACUGGAACAAUGGAGAUGGCACCUUUACAGAGGGGACUGAGGAAAGCGGCGUGGGAACGGACGAAAAUGGUAUGGGUUCGACUGUGGGUGAUUAUGACCUGGACGGGCGGUUGGACUGGUUUGUGGGCAGCAUUUACAUGUCACAGGAACAGAUGGAGCCAUUCAGGGAAGUGUACCUCGGCGGGGGAUUCAUAUUUGGCAAUACUGGGAACAGGCUUUUCAGGUUUGUAGUUGCGCCGACCAAUCACAACAGUCACAAACAAUCCUACUAGCCACUCACAACACAAGGCAAACAUAAGAAGGGUCUUUAAGUGCGGGUAAAGGCGUGUGAAUGGGUGAACUCUGAUUGAUUAACAAAAUAGCGCGAAAGCUGUUUAGUCAAUCCUUUCACAGAGUAACAAUCAAUUAAGAAUGCUCUUAAAUCAACACACUACGACCUACUAAACUAAACAGUUACGACAAUGAACAGAGAUAUGGAAAAACCAUACUGACGAUGACGUCAACGGUUUUUUUCCGGUGGUCGACUUAUUACAGUACAAAAACAUGUCUGUAAACAGUGUGUUUCUCCAAGAAAAGUUACCGUAUCAAAGUAAGAAUCGAUCAAUUCUGUAAAACCAGCGUCAUAUUGGUUUAUCAGGCAAAAUUCUAACAAAAAAUUCCAAUCAACUGCGUUUAGAAAAGAUAGUCGGUCAUUAAGAAGAGAGAAAAUAACCCCUAGCAUUUCGUAAGAGUCAUUAACCCUUCAAGUCCCAAUAGUGACCAACAGCAAUUUUCUCCUAACAAUGUCCAUACAUUGUCAAGAGAUAAGGUUGUAAGAAUAUAAAAAAUGAUCACGAAAGAGAAAAUGCCUUGAUGUUUUAUUAAAUUCUCUCAACUAAUUCCAUAAAGAAAUGUAUGGAGAUCAGUUUGGAGAAUUUGUAUGUGGAUACUGGGGCUUAAUUAAGUUGUGUACAUUAGUUAUCAGUUGUACCCUAUCUAAAGCGAUGAAUUCCACUGAAACAAGGUUAUUGCUUUCACAGGAAUGAAGGUGGUCGUAAAUUUUCAGAUCAGACCGACUCGGCCGGGGUAAGGUUCGGUAAUUGGGCCUGGGGAGCAGCGUUAUUCGACUACGACAACGAUGGAGACCUGGAUCUAGUUCACACCAACGGUUUUGAUGACCCGGAUGUUACUGACACUGAUUUCCUGCACCACACUCCCACGCGUCUCUAUGACAACAUGUUUUUCGAGGACGAUAACGGUACAGCUCGAUUUGAGGAAACAGGGUUUAACAAAGGCAUCACCGACGUGUUUGACGGUCGCGGCGUUAUCAUCUUCGACUAUGAGGAAGAUGGCGACUUGGAUGUUUUCAUCGCCAAUAAUGCUAACCGUCCUGUGUUGUAUCGCAACAUCGGCAAAAACAAAAACGACUAUGUUCGAGUGAAAGUUCUUGAAGCCAACUGCGACAGAGAAAGCGUUGGAGCUCUUGUCUUUCUGUAUUCGCCGCGCCUGGAGAAAGAAAUCAUACGGGCAGUUGGAAGCGCAACCGGGUUCUCGGCACAGGGUGAGUACGUGGCGCACUUCGGGUUGGGUUCGGAAACCGAAGAUACUUUCCGAGUCCGUGUCUACUGGCCAGUAACCAACAACACUCGAAUCAUUUACAAUGUGCCUCGGCGAUCAUCAAUAACAGUUCGGGACAUUUGGGGACAUAGGAGUGCUGUUGAAGAGACCAAGUCUCCAAGCGAGUCAGUUCCAAGCUGCUCCCGGUUGCUAGUGAAGGAGGUGACCAGGGCUCCAGCGCAUGGUCACGUGGUGGUAGGACCCAAGCACGUGAGUUAUUAUCCUGAUGCAGAUUUUCACGGUGAAGACAGCUUCAAUUAUGCUGUGGGCGACGGAGUGAGUUCAGCUAUUGCUACUGUCAACAUUAAGGUAUGAAAAAUUAUGAAAGUUGUCUUCUCCAAUUCCAGUUCACUUAAUGAUUCACAAAGGGAGAAUAAAGUAGGUUUAAUUAUUUAAACUCUCUAUCCGAUAUCCUUUCGCUGGAUAAAGAGCAGGAAACGGCCAUGGAAGGCGUGAAUGAAUCCUUAAAAAUAAAAAUUAAUGUUAGGUAGGUAGGUAAGCAAUAAUUAAUAUAUUUAAAAAUUUCAGGUCAAAGGAGAAACAAGCUAGCCCCAACAACACUCAGCUGGUUUCCAUGGAGGGCGUGUCUACACAUAAAAGCCACAUAGAUAUAUUUUCUAAGGGGAUGGGUUAGAAAGGGGUUGCACAUAUCCUCGGCUGCCUAUUCGCAACAAAAGCACAUUGCAUAAAGUACAUUCAAUGAAUUAAAUGUAUUUCAAAUAUGCAUUUCAGGUCAACAAAGUCGACAGACCCCUGCCUUCCCCUGAACAGUUAUCAGAGAAGUUUGCGCGCUUGGAUGCCGUUAACAACAACCCCCUCCACCCUGAGUGGGGCAAGCCACUUAUGCCUCUACUGCGCCUGCUCCCUCCAGCAUACGAUGAUGGCUUUGACGCGCCCGCAGGAUCCAACAGAUCAAGUCCACGGCUUAUUUCCAAUGUUGUUUGUGAUCAGCGAAUGGAUGUCUUCAGCAAAGUCGGCUUGAACGACUUCCACAUGCACUUCGGCCAAAUGUUGGCCCAUGAUACGGACUUUGCAACACCGUACGCAAAUUUCCUUACCACUGAUAACCUAGGUAUCCCUAUUCCGGAGGGAGACCCGUGGUUUGACCCGCACGGCUCGGGUAAAGAAAUCAUGCGAUUCAGACGAUCUGGAAUCAUUCAGACCAGCGGAAAACUCCACGGAAGACCACGCGAACAGGUAAUUCUUACUACAAAAUGACCUUUUUUGUCAAAUAAUAUACAGGGUCGCGUUAUUUUCUCUAAGGACUUGGGCUACUCGUUUUAGGUCUACCAACACGUAGAAAGGGUAAGAAACCACGUAACUGGUUAAAUAAAACACUUAAGUUAAGCAGAAGAACACAAUUAAAGCAAAGUGAAGAGCUCAACUUGAGCCCGCUUAAACGAAUACCACAGUCACAGCUCUGGCAAAUCACAAAGCAAAAAAAAUGAUAACCAGUGUACCAAUUACAUUACGAAGCAAGUCCACGUAGCGGAGCUUAAAGCAGCAAGAAAGGGGCAAAUGGGCAAGUCAUGAUUGGUUAAGUGUUUUGUUCUUAGUUCUGAUUGGCUGAAAAAAAAACCCAGGAUUUUUCAUGGAAUCACAAGGUAAACUAAAACACCCAUAGAAGUAAACGGACGUAGAUCACAGCUAGCAUGGAUUUACAGUGAAUGGUAAACUACCCUAACUACAAACGGGGUUUGACCGUUAGGAGGUCUAACGUCUAUGCCACGCUGAUGAGCCCCAAUAAAGGCGAAAAGAGCUGUUGAUGGCUGCCACUGCCCGGGCGAUAUGGCUGAGCGAAUGCGUGACGUAACUGCUGUUAAGUUUCUUACGCUAACUAGAAGGUUUUUUGUUUCUUAGGUGAACAAGGUGACAGCCUUUAUUGAUUUGUCAUUGGUAUACGGUUGUGAUGAAUGUCGAGCCUUGGCUUUACGAACCAUGGAAAAAGGCAAACUGAAACACCAGUCAAGCGACAUCCUUGACUUCAACACCAAAGAGGUCACCAACCUUAACCUCCUCAACGGACCACGUGACAAAAUGCUGGUGUCAGGUGACAACCGAGUCAACGUGCAACCUGGCCUCAUUGCUCUGCACACCCUGUGGUCACGUGAACACAACCGCAUCUGUGACGAGCUCCUGCAGCAGCCUGGAAACGAGAACAUGGACGACGAGACAUUGUUCAACCACGCGCGGACUUUGGCCCGUGCUAAAUGGCAGAGGAUAGUCUGGAACGAGUUCUUGCCCACAGUUAUCGGGCGGGCGGAAUAUGAGAAGCUCGGGGAAUAUAAGGGCUACAACUCAUCUAUCGAGGUCGGCAUCUUUAACGAAUUUGGGACAGCGGCGUUCAGGUUUGGCCAUAGUCAAGUGGGUAAUAUCAUGCCACGAUUGGACGAGAACUGGACCAUGAUCGGUAACGGACAUUUGUCCUUGCGUGACGCAUACUUCAGCCCAGGCCGCGUGAUUCGUGAGGGAGGCAUAGAGCCGCUGAUCAGAGGUAUGAUGGUACAGAAGGCCCAGGAAGUUGAUCUGAAGUUUUCGGACUCAGUGCGUAACUUUCUGUUUGGAACUAACACGAUGGGGCUCGACUUGGUUGCCAUUAACAUCCAAAGAGGCAGAGACCACGGUCUGCCGGAUUAUAACACCGUGCGGGAAGGAGUAGGCUUGCCCAAACGCAAAUCAUUCGCUGAAAUAACUCCUGACAAGAUGAUGCAAGAGAAGCUCCAAAGCGUAUACUCGAGCGUUGAUGAUGUUGACCUAUGGAUCGGCGGUCUCGCCGAGCCACAUGUUGAUGGGGGAUGUGUCGGGGAAACCUUCGCUCGCAUCAUCGCUCUUCAGUAUCGUGUUUUGCGAGACGGAGAUCGGUUCUGGUACGAAAACACAGACACCGCCUUGUACCAGUUGAAGGACAGGCUCAAUUUACCGACUAAAGGUACCACCAUGGUAGACGUGCUUUAUAGGAACACUGGAAUAAAGUGGAAGAAAUCUCCUUUCUUUGUUAGAGAUAUAUAAAGUAAUCAGCAAAAAUCCUAGAUGAAAGCUGAAACUGUGCAAAACCAUCGAACUGAGUUUAUCACGAGGACAGUCAAUGCUAAUGGCGUGGUGAUCACAUGUGUUACACGAGCAAACGUGAUUCUUUUUAGGGACCUCAAAAACUAAGGCCAAAUUGCGGACUAUUUUUGUCAUCGAUUACCACUCUAUCGCUUGCAACCUAGUGAAAACUACUUUGUCGGCAUCGGAAGCAGGAGCGAAAAAAAAAAUCACUUUUGCACUUUUUGUAGCCGAUUUCGUUCUUCUGCUUCUCCUUGCGACUCCGAGAACCUAUAGUUUCACUACAGCAUAAGCGACGGAGUCAUAAGCCACAUAGAAACGCUGUUUUCACUAGAUCAUAAUGCUCUACACUUCUAAUAACGAUAACGACUCCGAUUCAAUCGCUGGUGACGACCAGCCUUAAUUUGCGUAUUUUAUAAUAUCGGGGAACCGAAGAUAAACGUUUAAAUUCAUAAGACGAGAUAACAAGCAAGCGCGAACAAAAGAAGUAAUAGAUCACUGUAGUAAACGUUAGUUUUCAUAGUUCUGCAAGAUAUGUAGCAACAGCACUUGGCAAAGAACUGGAAUUUUGCAAUCCAUACGAAAUCGAAGUUUCAUUCACAAUAUAGAUAGACAAGUUAGGUAAAUUUUAUAUUUGACAUUUAAGCCUUCGCUGGAAUUGUAAAAAAAAGGCGACGCACAGAGCAGAUUUUCUAGACGAACUAAUUUAUUGAUUAAAAGGAUCGUCAGAUGCACUUUUCCUUUCCGUUGAUUUAAGGGCUAAGAACUUAACGCUCAGUUCUUAAAAAGGGCAGGAAAACCAAGCGUACUCCGGUUUUCAUUUUGCUCCUGAUUGGUUGAAAAUACAGGACACCUGUUCUGAUUGGUUAGUGAAAGAGUCAGGUGGCAGUGCUCAAGACAAAACGCACUGAUCAUCCUUUUCACAGAAAACGGUCGAUGAAAGCGAGGCAUAAGUUUACAUAUUUUGUUCUGGUAUACAAUAAUCAAAGGGGUUUUAUAUAAACGUUCCCACCAUUGAAUAAAAUAAUAAAAAAUCUGGAAGGACAACAACUCAAAAAUUUUACUUCAGAAACGAAAAACUACAGUUUUCCUUCUUUCUCAAUAGGAGAAAAAGGGAGAAAACAUGUUUUCUACAUCCGUCGUCUUUUUUAAAGUUAUACUUUCAAAUAUUCUACGUAAUUUGAACUGUAAAUAGUCGUAUAUUAUUUAUUAAUCACAUCUAUCAAAUCUUAACCGAAUAGUAGACUUAUAACUUUUUUUGGAGGAUCUCAACCCUAACUUUAGGACAGCAAUAUAGUCCUUUUAAAAGUUGUCAUACUCAAGAGUAUCAAAAGCAUAUAAGUCGCUUAAGAUAUUGUAACACUAACCGAGAUUUCUUGGGAAAAACAAGUUUUUCAAGAAACAAAGAGUUUGAUUUUUUUGUAACUGUAAAAAACAAGAAUUAAAACUUGAGUACAAAAUGACUCGACUGAGGUCUCCAGCCAUUUGUUUGUUUCUUU